AUGGCCACCGAGCACCCCGAGCCGCCGAAGGGGGAGCUGCCGCUGCCGGCCUACGGGGCCUGGGCGCCCGCCGAGCUGCAAGCGAAGUUGGCCGAGAUCGGAGCCCCGGUGCAAGGUAGCCGUGAGGAGCUGGUGGAGAGGCUGCAGACAUACACGCUGCAGACUGGCAUCGUGCUGAGCAGGCCGUCUCUUAGGGGAGAUGAUGGUGACAAGCCCACCCCACCCCCGAUACCUGGACAGCUCCCUGGGAUCCCCUUGCCCCCUCCCCCCAUGGGGAUGCCACCCAUGCAGCCCCCGCCACCCCCUCCUCCUCCCCCUGGCAUCAGCCUCAACUUCCCCAUGGGCGUGGGGCCCCCCCCGCCGCCCCCAGGCAUGGGGCCCCCCCUCCGCAUACAGAGCGUGGACCCCUCGGCUCUGUCAGAGGAAGAUCGUCUGAAGCUGGCGCAGCAGCAGGCAGCCAUGCUAAUGCAGCAAGAAGAGAGGGCGAAGCAGGUAAGGGGUGUGCUGCAGGCAGAGGUGCUCUCCCUCAGUGCUGGCCCCAGGGCUGCAGUCUUACUGGAACAGGAGCGACAGAAAGAGAUGGCCAAGCUGGCCCCCCCGGUGCCCAGACCCCCUCUGGAUGUGGGGCCUGUCAGACCCAUAGGACCAAGGCCCCCAAUGGUGCCACGAGGUAGUGCCCCUGUGGGACCGCCGCUGCCUGGAGUUCCUAUUGGUCCCCCUGGCCCAAGGCCGCGGGGGCCGCCGCCGCCUCCUGGGGAAGAAGGCCGAGAGACAGACGAUUCCACCAUUGGCCCCAAGAUCCCUCAGGCCCUGGAGAAGAUCCUGCAACUCAAGGAGAUCCGGCAGGAGGAGCUCAUAACCGUGCCUGUAGAUGACGAUAUGGAGACAGAUUUGAAGGCAUUGAUCAGUAUCUCUGCUUCAGAGACUGAGGAGGACAUGGCUCUGUCAAAGAAAGAGAGGAACCGUAAGCGCCGUAACCGGAAGAAGAAGAAGAAGGCACGUGUGGCAGCACAGGGCACAGAGGGCAAAGGGGAGAAGGAGUCUCAACGCACUGAGCCCAAAGACACCGAGUCAGUGGUGGAGAUUGAGUACGUCACUGAGGAGCCGGAGAUCUAUGACCCCAACUUCAUCUUCUUCAAGAGGAUCUUCGAUGCCUUCAAGCUGACGGAUGAUGUAAAGAAAGAUAAAGAGAAGGAGCCCGACAAGGCAGACAAGCCAGAGAGCGCAGCCGCACCCAAGAAGAAGGGCUUCGAGGAGGACCGGAAGGGCAGCGACGAUGACAGUUCCGAUGAUGAACAGGAGAAGAAACCCGAGGCCCCAAAACUGUCCAAGAAGAAGCUGAGACGCAUGAAUCGUUUCACGGUGGCAGAGCUCAAACAGCUUGUGGCGCGCCCGGAUGUGGUGGAGAUGCAUGAUGUGACAGCCCAGGACCCCAAGCUGCUGGUUCAUCUCAAGGCCACCCGCAACUCCGUGCCAGUGCCCCGGCACUGGUGCUUCAAGCGCAAGUACUUGCAGGGCAAGCGGGGCAUUGAGAAGCCGCCUUUCGAGCUGCCUGACUUCAUCAAGCGCACGGGCAUCCAGGAGAUGCGAGAGGCGCUGCAGGAAAAGGAGGAGCAGAAGACCAUGAAGUCAAAGAUGCGGGAGAAGGUUCGCCCCAAGAUGGGCAAGAUCGAUAUUGACUACCAGAAGCUGCACGACGCCUUCUUCAAGUGGCAGACCAAGCCCAAGCUCACCAUCCAUGGAGACCUCUACUACGAGGGCAAGGAGUUUGAGACGCGGCUGAAAGAAAAGAAACCAGGGGACCUGUCAGACGAGCUGCGCAUUGCCUUGGGGAUGCCCGUUGGCCCGAAUGCCCACAAAGUGCCACCCCCGUGGCUGAUCGCCAUGCAGCGCUACGGCCCACCUCCCUCCUACCCUAACCUGAAGAUCCCGGGCCUCAAUUCACCCAUCCCAGAGGGCUGCUCGUUCGGGUACCAUGCCGGGGGCUGGGGGAAACCCCCCGUUGAUGAGACUGGGAAGCCCCUGUAUGGAGACGUCUUUGGGACCAAUGCUUCUGAGUUCCAGACCAAGGCAGAAGAGGAGGAAAUCGACCGGACACCCUGGGGAGAGCUGGAGCCAUCAGACGAGGAAUCCUCAGAGGAGGAAGAGGAGGAGGAGAGCGAUGAGGAGAAGCCAGAUGAAACUGGCUUCAUCACCCCGGCUGACAGUGGCCUGAUCACUCCAGGCGGCUUCUCCUCCGUCCCUGCCGGCAUGGAGACUCCUGAGCUCAUUGAGCUGAGGAAGAAGAAGAUAGAGGAGGCCAUGGAUGGAAGUGAGACGCCCCAGCUCUUCACGGUGCUGCCAGAGAAGCGAACAGCCACGGUUGGGGGUGCUAUGAUGGGUUCCACUCACAUCUAUGACAUGUCCACGGUGAUGAGCCGGAAGGGGCCAGUGCCAGAGAUCCAGGGAGUGGAGGUGGCGCUGGCUCCUGAGGAGUUGGAGCUUGAUCCGAUGGCCAUGACCCAGAAGUACGAAGAGCACGUGCGGGAGCAGCAGGCCCAGGUGGAGAAGGAGGACUUCAGUGACAUGGUGGCUGAGCACGCAGCUAAGCAGAAGCAGAAGAAGAGGAAAGCACAGCCCCAGGACACGCGUGGGGGCGGCAAGAAGUACAAAGAGUUCAAGUUCUAGCCCCAUCCCCUUGGUUUGCAUCCCUUCUGUUUUUAACCCACUUGUUCCUGUCCCUGUGCUGUGGGGAGAGCCACACUCGCUGGCGCCCCCUGCUGCUCAGCCCCCUCCAACUGUUUUGUGUUUUUUUUUUUUUUUUUUUUUUUUUUUUUUUUUUUUUUUUUGUAAAUAAAAUCCUGGGUUCUGGGGCGAUACCCCUGCCUGGGUUCUCGCUCA